ACCAUGCUAGCCGUCUCCCAACCAGUCGCAGUACCCGAUCCCUCAAUCGUACCAUCCAACGCACCCGAACACUGUCCAGGCGUCGACUCAGAGCUCGCAGGCAAAGCCGACGCCUGCUCCGGAUGCGCCAACCAAGAAAUAUGCGCCUCCAACAAACCAGCAGGUCCUGACCCCGCGCUCCCACUCAUCCGAUCACGAAUGGCAAACGUACGGCGUAAGAUACUAGUACUCAGUGGGAAAGGCGGAGUAGGGAAGAGUACCUUUUGUGCUCAGUUAGCUUGGGCGUUUGCGGCGGACGAAGAAUCUCAGACCGGGAUCAUGGAUAUCGAUAUCUGUGGACCUUCAAUACCAACCAUCCUCGGAAUCGCCUCUGAAACAGUACACGCAUCCUCCUCAGGCUGGUCCCCAGUCUACGUCUCCGAUAACCUCUCCGCAAUGUCUGUCGGCCUCAUGCUUCCCUCCUCCACCUCCGCCGUAAUGUGGCGCGGACCCAAGAAGAACGGACUCAUAGCCCAAUUCCUCAAAGACGUAGACUGGGGGACACUAGACUACCUCCUCGUCGACACACCACCAGGAACCUCUGACGAACACCUCUCCGUCGUCCAAUACCUCAAAGAAAGCGGAAUAGACGGCGCAGUAGUCAUCACGACCCCACAGGAAGUCGCACUCCAAGACGUCCGCCGCGAAAUCGACUUCUGUCGCAAAGUCGGCGUGCGCGUCUUAGGCGUUGUAGAAAACAUGAGCGGCUUCGUGUGUCCGUCGUGUAAGACCGAGUCGCAAAUCUUUAAACCGACGACUGGGGGUGCGAAGCGCCUUGCGCAGGAGAUGGGUGUUGAGAUGCUUGGUGCUGUCCCUCUUGAUCCGCGAAUAGGCAAGAGCGCAGAUUAUGGUGUUAGUUUCUUGGAUGAAUAUCCCGAUAGCCCAGCAACCACUGCAUACCUAGAUAUAAUCGAGAGGAUCAAAGAUGUUCUCGGUGACUGAACCAAACUUGAUCUACUCCACUUUAUAAUCACUCCCUAUAGCAUACUGCAUUUUCCCAUCAUGCACAUACCACACAACCUGUUGUAUUAUGUUAUUGAUAUGUCAUUAGCAAG